AUGAAGAGCCAUCUUAAGCCUCAGAUUAUUACUGGGAAGGUCGAAGAUGUCCCAAUUAACAAGAUCUUGGUAUAUUGCGGUGCGACGGUGAAUUUGAUGCCGCAUCACAUGUUGAGGAAAAUAGGAAAAUAUGACACAGAUGCCAAGCCCCACAACAUGGUGCUUUCCAACUAUGAGGGAAAUGUGCGUAUUACCCUUGGAGUAAUCCAAGUCAGGUUAACAGUGGGAACUGUCACUAGAUCCACAAUGUUUAUGAUUGUGGAGACAAAGGCCAACUACAACUUGCUACUUAGACGCAAAUGGAUACAUGGAGUUGGAGUUGUACCAUCCUCCGUGCACCAAAGAAUCAUCAUAUAG